AUUCAUUUACAGACAUUUUAAACCAAUCUUAAUCAUAAAGUGGAUAGAAGCGUCGAGAUGAAGUCGUUCGUGGUUUUCGCAGUGGUUCUUUCUACGAUUGGAUUUUCAGUCGAGCAGCAAUGUGAAGAAAUCGUGACUCCUGUGUCAACGAGCUCCCAUACAAACAUAUACGACGAACGUGGCAUUGGUAUGCUGAUAAAAAAGCAAACAUUCCAGGCAAAUCUCGGAAAUACUUUCUACGUUAGAAGCGUUACGGUUCGAUAUUUCCUUGGAAAUUCUUCUGCUUCGAACGUCGAAUUUUUACUCGAAGGCUAUUUGACAGAGGUUAAAUACGUAGAUAGAAGGGGAAGAUUAUCCAGACAACAAUCGAACGAAGCUUACACGUUUGUUUUACCGGAAGUUCUUGUAGAUAAGUUGGAGCUGAGUGCUCGAACACCUUAUCAGAUUAACGAAAGCAAUUCGUAUCUUCGCUACGAAAUACGAGGAUGUCCAAUUGAAUUUCGAUGCCAUGAUGUCGUUCAACCUCUUUCUGUCGUUCGUAAAUCGUAUCCUUCCGAGUUGCCACGAUGUCCGUACAUGUUUCAGGUUUCGCUCCCACGACGGUUUAACAUUACCGAAAUCAGCGUUACCUUCGAUUUAGAAAAUGCACCCGUUGUUGUCGACGACGUCAAUUUGUAUACCGAUUUUGUCACUUCGUUAUCACUUCAACAGGGUGAAACAGUUUCGGUUUACGAUUUUUCCAAGCCAAUCUCCGUUUACCCACGUGAUGCCUCCACUGACAAGUUCUGGUUACAACCGUGGCCACUUCCCGAUUGUAAUGAAAAUGACCUCACUUCUUACAUGGAUAUGAAGAUAUACGGAUGUCCUUACGAUACAAUAUGCGAUUCAGUAAUACCCGCAAAAUGGAAAUUUCUACGAAGAACCGAACACCAAUUUCAACAUUGUUCUCAAUUCUUGAAUCUGGUUUUGGAUUCGGAAUUUUACGUAACAAGUCCUUUCACAGGCUAUGUUCACUGCUCGGCCAUGUCUUUCUCUCUUUAG